AUGCGCGCGUUCGCAGCAUGUCUCCUGAGGCUGGCGGUUGCCCAGGAUCCAACGGCGCCGCCGGGAUUUCUGGGGCAGCUGCAAGGCCACCAGGCGCCCAUCUACGCGCUGGCCACGGGGCAAAACGACUUGGCGGCCUCAGGGUCUAAGGACGGCGCCAUCUUGGUGUGGAACCUCUCGCUCCCCGAAGCCGAGCCGCAGAGGCGAAGCGGGGUCCGAGGACGAAGCGGGGCAUCGGAGACCAAAGGCUCUCGGGGCACCGCGGCGUCACGGCCCUGGCCUUCGCCGGGCGCAACUUGGUCUCCGGGUCCGCGGACAACGAGACGCGGCUCUGGGAUCUGGCCACUGGCCAAGUGCUGCGCCGCUGGCGGCACCCCCGGACUGCCUGGGGUCUUUGGGCUGUCAGUGUCAGGUUCUCUCCUGGCCACGGCCUGCUGGGACGGCUGGUGGCGCAUCUUCGAGCUGAGCGGAAGUGGCUCUUCGCUGCGGGAAGUGCACCACGGAGGUGGCUUGUAUGCAAUCCAUCGGAUCGGAUUCGCUCCACCGAACUCCAUGGCCUUCCGCCUGGCGCUUUGGUCGGCGCUGGGUUCGGCGCUGCUGGCCGGCGCCCGCGACUGCAGCAAAGAGGAUUGCGAGGAGGCAGAGCUGCUGCAACACAAGAAGUGGUCGUACAAUGACCUGCAGUACAUCGUGCUCCCGGUCAGCGAGGACAGCGACACCUACCUCAGGAAGACCAAGCCCAAGGUGGCGUUGACCACCCGGGGCGGCGGCACCCGCGCGCAGUCCGGCGUCACGGGGCAGCUCAGGGCUCUGGAAGACAUGGGGCUCCUGGACGAGGUGGAUCAGAUGCAGGCGAUCUCGGGGGCUGGCUGGGCCAUGGCUCCCUACCUCUUCGCGCCCAAGGAGCACUUCAGCAGUAGGGACCUGCUCGGGGAGACCACCUUCGGCAAACUGGACGAUCUGACCCUCGCGGCCAUCGCGACGCCCAAGGGCCAGCUGAUCGCCACCUGCAACGCCUCGCUGCAGACCUACCUCGGGGUGGCGGCGCAGAUCGGCGUGGCCCCGGAGAUCCUCUGGAACGUCGUGGUUGGGGCGACCUACCUCUGCCCCUUCAAGGUGAACGCUGCCAUCCCCGCCUGGCCUUUCCCUGGCCUCUGCACCAACGACAACGAGGACCAGCUGUGGGUGGAGAAGAAGGAGCAGUUGUUGCGCAUCAAGGGCCUGAACCGCAAGCUAAAGGUCGACAACGCCUUGGUGCAGCAAAGGACCAAGGUGAGCCACCUCCUUUUUCAGUCGACGCUGAUCAGCCCGGAGGGGUACCUGCCCCAGGGUGACAAGAUCAUCUCAGUGCGCUUCAGCCCGGACUUCUCCGGCACCCCCUUCUUUGCGGACGAGGAGACCGUGGACUUUGAACCCAUCAACACCUCGAAGUUCAGCAACCUGGGGCCCCUGGACGACGUGCUGAUCGGCGGCGGCCUGGUGGACAACUUCGCCUUCAUGGCCACGGAGGAGCCGAGGAAGAUGCCGGAGACGGUUCCGCACAAGUUCCUGGGCCGCUCGAAGCUGAUCGAGACGCCGGUGACAUUGCAGCAGGCGGUGGGCUACAGCUCCGCGGCCUUGGCGCUGUUGGGACUUUACUCUCCGGAGGGUCUCAACAACUUCACCGGGGGUGCCUUCGCGCCCCUCAUCGAGCAGGACCCCUUCCUCUUCACGGGGCGGCGGCCCUACUGGCCUAUCAGCCUCGGCCGCAGCGGGGACGACUCGGUGAAGAACUUCUACCUCGGCGACGGGGGCUCUGUGGAGAACGGAGGUCUUCCUGAGGCCAUCCGCAGCGGGGCGAAGUGCACCAUCGUGCUGCUGAACAACCAGCGGCCCAUCGACACCAGCGUGGUGGGCGAUUGGUGCAACCCCCCGGCUGCGGUGCUCGCCAACCCGCUGCUGCUGUUGGGCCCCAACGGCAUUGAAGGGGACGCGGCGACGUACGACUACUUUGGAAUCGCCCUGCCGAUUCCAAACAUCCUGUACCUGGCCGGCUUUGAUUAUUCGAACAACCACAUCUUCGCGACCAGCGACAUCUUCCCCGUCAUGUGCGAGGCGGUGAACCUGCGCACGGCUGGCAAGCCCGCGGUGGUCUACAAAAAGCUUACCACCAUCGAGAACACGCACUGGGGCAUCGAGGCGGGGAAGAAGGUGGGAGUCACUUUCGUCUUCACCGAAGUCACCCAGGACUGGCUGGACGAGCUGCCGGAGGAGACCAGCGCGGCCAUCGCGGCCGGCACCUUCGACACCACGGGCAACGUGGACGCGGUCUUCAGCCCUUGGCCCUUCUCCUUCCCCCACCUCAGCACCAACCAGCCCCAGGGCGAGAAUGCGGAGUUCGUGUCCAUGAGCAAUCAGCAGGCCAACUUGUACUCCUCGUUGACCGAGUACACGCUGAGGGUCAACGAGGACAAGGUGCGCCAGUGCAUGGGCCUCGAUGAUGAUGAUGGGUAUUAUUGA